AUGGUGGGCUCUAGAGUCUUGCAGUAUUUAGCGCGAUUAGAAAGGCGUCGCAGAAAAGACGCUGACUUUGGGAAGGGACCCUGGAAAGGCUGUCAGCAGCACAGAAGCUCCCGUGGUUUCGGGAGACUCAGGGACACUCACAAGCGGGCACAGCCCCUUUCCCACCCGCCCCGCCCCGCGGUGACCGGGGUGCCCACGGGCUGGGACUCGGACCACGGGCGCGUGCCCACCUUUGCAGAAGCUCCCUGCGGAGACCACGUGACAGAUGGAUUCCUUGCUGCGACUCCGCCGUCACUGAGGGCACCAGUGUCGCCUCCACGUGCGCCUGCGCCGCGCCUGCGCAGAAGGAUAUCCCUGGCUGCCUGCCCUCGGCAUGACGUCACACCCAGUAAGAGUCCAUGCAACCUGCUCUGUUGCAGACACUUGUUCUCACUGGAGAAGAAUAAAGAAGUGGUUGACAUGCGUGGUCCUAUGCACACAUUUUCAGCCUUCCAGGCAGGAAGCGUUGAAUUAAACUGUGCUAGUCCAUCAUGUGCAACUUUGCAUAUCUUCUACUGCAGGCCCAAAACUAUGGGGCCGGGGAACCAUGGACUACAAAUCCCAGCAACUGCUAAUUUUGAGCAGGCCGCACAAGACGUGAGGAAGCUGAAAAGAAGACCGGAAGAUGAAGAACUCAAAGAACUCUACGGGCUGUACAAACAGUCCAUCCUCGGAGAUAUCAACAUUGGUGCAUGUCCAGUAAUGUUAGAUAUGAAGGGCAAGGCCAAGUGGGAAGCAUGGAGCCUCCAAAAAGGUUUGUCGAAGGAAGAUGCCAUGAGUGCCUAUAUUUCUAAAGCAAGAGAGCUGAUCGAGAAAUACGGAAUUUAGAACUUGACAGGGGAGACAGAUCUCCUUUGAAAGCUUUCAUAAUAGCCACAUGGUGUGUAGGGGGAAAUGCAUUGACAACUGUAUAAAUCUUGUGUAUUUUCCUAAUAGCAUGCAUUCUAAUACUUUGGACUAUGUCAACAUAAUUACCUAAUUUUACUUGCUUGUGAAAGGUGACUUUAAAAAGUCAUUUUGUA